CAGCCUGAUGCCAGCUUCCCUGCACUCUUUCCGAGACAAAAAUAGUCAGGCCGGGAUUCACGGCCGAAGGAGCAGGAAUGCGGAUCACGCUGGCAGAGCUUCUUUCUUUUCUUUUCCAGAGACAGGAGGGGGAAGAGAAGCUGUUUCUGCUGACCAGCUAGAAUUUCACUGUGUUCUUUUCCAUCCGCCAUGCGGGCACUGAGACGCCUCUGCCAGCCCCCAGCCAAUGGCCGGCUGGAGCGGGCAGAAAAGCAGGAUCAGGGAUCCCUGACGUCAUGGGCCGGGAGGCUUUAGCCAGGGCAGCGCCUGGCAGCAGGGAGCAUAUAAAGCCAGGCGCUUGGCUCGCCGGCAUGCACUGCCACCGGCCGCUUCCUUGGGGGAGAUGGACGUCUCCAUCCACCACCCCUUCUUCCGCAGACGGCUCUUCCCCGGCGUCUCGCCCAGCCGCCUCUUCGGCCAACAUUUUGGGGAUCCCGUCAUGGAAUCCGAACUCUUUGCAGGCAGCUGGCCCCUGGGCUCCUUCCUGGCGAGGCCCUUCGCCUUCAGGAACGCGGGAUGGAUGGACAGCGGACUUCCCGAGAUGCGUUUGGACAACGAUCAGUUUUCCAUCAACCUGGACGUGAAGCAUUUUUCUCCCGAGGAGCUGAAGGUCAAGGUCUGGGGAGACAUGAUUGAAGUCCAGGGGAAGCAUGAGGAGCGCCAGGACAGGCAGGGCUCCGUCGCCCGCGAGUUCAGCAGGAAGUACAGAAUCCCAGCCGACGUGGACCCCCUCACCAUCACCUCCUCCCUCUCUUCGGACGGCAUCCUGACGGUGAACGGACCAAGGAAACUCAAGGAGCUUCCGCAGCGCAGCAUCCCCGUCACGCGGGAAGAAAGAUCGGCCCUCCUGCCAGGACCAAGGAAAUAGAGGCCCCUGGAAGGCCUGCCCUUUUCAGCCCGAAGAAAGCCUUUCCCUGGGACAGAAACGGCAAAUUGGUUUUUCUUCUUUAUUUAUCUGUGCAAAGAUAGGCACUUUUUACUAACAAAUAAACAGGUGGGAGCUUCCCCCCUCAGUCUUCAA